AAAUGGGUAAACAAACCUCUCCUUCUCCAUCUCCUCAUGUAGUGAUAUUCCCACUCCCACUCCAAGGCCCAGUCAAGUGCAUGCUCAAGCUCGCCGAGAUGCUCAGCCUCGCCGGAAUCCGAGUCACCUUCGUCAACAGCCACCACGUCCACCGCCGCCUCCCCGACUCGGGCUACUUCUCCAAGUACCCCAAUUUCCGCUUCGAGACGCUCCCGGACGGCCUGCCGGACGACAACCCUCGCACGGGCGAUCAGAUACUCGAGCUGCUGCAGGCGAUGGAGGCCGUCUCGCGGCCGGUUUUCCGGGAGAUUCUGAGCUCCGGCAGCCCCGCCGCCACGUGCCUGAUCGCCGAAGGGGUGUUUGUUUGGGCUGCCGGCGUGGCGGCGGAUGUCGGAGUGCCGUUGUUGUAUUUCGACACCAUUAGUCCGUGUGGAUUGUGGGGCCUACUCUCUUUGCCUAACCUCAUUCAAUCCGGCGAGUUUCCUUUUACAGAUGAAGAGCUAGACGAAGUCGUCGCCGGAACAGACGGCGUUAUGCGGCGGCGCGAUCUCCCGAGCUUCUGUCGAAUCAAAGACGUAAACGAUCCGAUAAUACAGCUCGUGAUCGAAGAAGCCAACCACAUCCCCUUAGCUCAAGGCCUCAUCUUCAACACAUUCCACCACCUCGAGGCUCCAAUCCUCUCCCAAAUGCUCACCAUCUCCCCCAACAUCUACGCCGUCGGCCCCCUCCACGCCCACCUCAAAUCCCGCCUGCCCGGAGGCGAUCCCUCGAUCGCCUCCGACAGCAUCUGGGAAGAGGACAAGAGCUGCAUCUCUUGGCUCGACAAACAGCCCCCCAAAUCUGUCAUCUAUGUUAGCAUUGGAAGUCUUGCCGUCAUGACAAGAGACCAAUUGUACGAGAUUUGGCACGGCUUGGUCGACAGCGGGUCAAGAUUCCUGUGGGCCCGCCGGCCCGGUUCCGUGUUCGGGCCGGGGCCCAGGCCCGAUGAUGAUGUCAUCGUCCCCUUGGAUUUGGCCCAGGGGACAAAGGAGAGAGGGUGUGUGGUGGGGUGGGCCCCGCAGGAGGAGGUGCUGGCCCACCCCUCGGUCGGGGGUUUCCUGACGCACUCUGGGUGGAACUCGACUCUGGAGAGCGUGGUCGCUGGGAAGCCUAUGGUCUGCUGGCCGUUCCACGCGGACCAGCAGGUCAACAGUAGGUACGUGGAGGAGGUCUGGGGGCUGGGCCUUGACAUGAAGGACAGUUGCGACAGGGUCGUCGUGGCGGAGAUGGUCAGGGAGGUUAUGGGGUCGAGGAAGGACGAGUUCUCGGAGAGGGCCAGUGAGAUGGCAAAGUUUGCUAAGAUGAGCGUGAGUCCGGGCGGGUCUUCGUUUCUUGAUUUUGACCGUCUGAUUGAGGAUAUUAAGACAAUGAAGAUUUUACAUGUAAAAAAAUAUUAGUGGUUUAUAGUACUAAUCAACUAUUGGUUGAGGUGUAUGUAGACAAUGGCUAUCAUUGAUGUCUGUUAUAGGGAGUAAUAUAUUGAGAACAUUAUUGUUAAUUGUUUUUAACCUUAACAAAGUUGCUUGCUUUUUAUCUUUAAA